UUAUAUCAAAAUUUCUUCAAACUUAGGUCCAUGCCUUUUCCAAUCCCUUUUCUAAUCGAAUUAUAAUCUUGUAAACAAAAUCCCUAAUCUAAUUGACAGUAUUUAUACAUCACAUUUCGAUUUUCCCCCUAAAGAAGUUCAUCAAUUAAACCAACGAUCAACGGUAUUCCAAAAUAAAUAAAGGGACUGAAUUCUGGGCUCUGCAACAACUUCAUACGCAUGUUAACCAUUAGAUCAGAAUAUCCGUAAUUAUUGGACCUCAUCUUAAAGAAGAUAACAUGGACAGCUCAUUAAUUCCACCUGGUUUUGAGGCAUUUGCCUCUCUCUAUCUGGCCAAGAUGGAGGGUGAUCAAGCCAGUAAUUGCGCAAGUUCCGCCAACCCUUCUAUGGCAGAAAAUAUCCAGUUAGGAACACAAUGUAACAAUGCAAACACCAGCACGUCUAUUAGGCAUAUAUCAUUGAUAAAACAGAAUCAGCUUGAUAGCAGUUCAAGUGAUCAAAUUGAAUUAGAACAGGAAAACUUUUCCAGGAAUUGGUUGCCAAAAGGGGUUCUUCGAGGGUGUGAAGCAUGUGAGAACUGCCAAAAGGUUAUUGCAAAAUGGCGUCCUGAAGAAGCUCGAAGGCCUGAUAUUGAGGAUGCUCCUGUAUUUUAUCCUUCUGAAGAGGAGUUUGAGGAUACCAUAAAAUACAUUGCAAGUAUACGCUCUAAGGCAGAUAUGUAUGGGAUCUGUCGCAUAGUACCACCUCCAUCAUGGAACCCUCCUUGCCCUCUGAAGGAAAAGAACAUAUGGGAAAGGUCUAAAUUUGCGACACGAAUUCAGCAGUUAGACAAACUUCAGAAUCGGGAAUCGAUGAUGAAGAAGUUUCUAGUCAAACAUGACAAGAGUAAAAAGAGAAAAUGCCUGAGAAGAGGAGCCGAACAUGCAAAUGGUAUUCAGGAUACUAAAACUUCAGACAAUGCCGAGCAAUUUGGAUUUGAGCCUGGUCCAGAUUUUACUCUGGACGAGUUUUAUAAGUAUGAUGAUGAUUUUAUGGCUCAGUACUUCUGGAAAAGUAAUAAUAGUUCAAGUUUAAGAGAUAGCAAUUCUACACUUGACAAGCAGUGGCACCCUACAAUACAAGAAAUUGAGGGAGAAUAUUGGCGGAUGGUAGAGAGACCAACAGAAGAAAUUGAGGUGCUUUACGGGGCUGACCUGGAAACUGGAGCAUUUGGCAGUGGGUUUCCUAAACAUUCCCAUCAAGUUGCUUCUGCUUCAGAGACGAAGUACAUUAAUUCAGGAUGGAACUUGAAUAACUUCCCAAGACUUCCUGGUUCUGUUCUAGCAUUUGAAAGCAAUGAAAUAUCUGGUGUUGUGGUUCCUUGGUUGUAUAUAGGAAUGUGUUUUUCUUCAUUUUGCUGGCAUGUAGAGGACCAUCACAUGUACUCCUUGAAUUACAUGCAUUUGGGAGCUCCGAAAAUGUGGUAUGGAGUUCCAGGAUCAGAUGCUACGAAACUGGAGGCAGCUAUGAGAAAACAUUUACCGGACCUCUUCGAAGAACAGCCUGACUUGCUUCAUAAGCUGGUUACCCAACUAUCACCUUCAAUCCUAAGGUCCGAAGGGGUGCCUGUUUAUCGGUGCGUGCAGAAUCCAGGAGAAUAUAUACUGACCUUCCCUCGAGCAUAUCAUGCUGGAUUCAACUGUGGUUUUAACUGCGCUGAGGCAGUUAAUAUCGCACCUGUUGACUGGUUGCCGCAUGGACAUAAAGCUAUUGAGCUGUACCGCGAGCAAGGCAGACGAACUUCCAUUUCACAUGAUAAACUAUUGCUUGGUGCAGCUAGAGAAGCUGUAAAAGAAAAUUGGCAACAUAAUUUUUUGAAGAAGCACAAAUCAAAUACUCCUAAUUUAAGAUGGAAUGAAGCUUGCGGAAAGGGUGGCUUCUUAUCAAAAGCACUCAAGACUCGUGUUGACAUGGAGCAUAAAUGGAGGGAACUCCUUAGCAAAUCCUCAAAGGCACUUAAGAUGGAGAGCUCCUUUGAUGCUAAUUGUGAGAGGGAAUGCAGUGUCUGCCUCUUCGAUCUACACCUAUCUGCUGCAGGUUGCCACCAGUGUUCGCCGGAUAAAUAUGCAUGCUUGACUCAUGCCAAACAGUUGUGUUCGUGCUCAUGGAGUGCUAAGUUUUUCCUUUUCCGUUAUGACAACAUGGAGUUGAAUCUAUUAGUUGAAGCUUUGGAGGGGAAACUAAGCGCAGUAUAUCGAUGGGCAAAGCUUGAUAUGGGCCUCGCUCUCACCUCUCAUGUUGCAGAAAGCAAGCAAGUUGCAUCUCAAGAGUCAGCUCAAGAAGUGAUAAGUUCAGCACCGAUUGCAAUUUCUUCAGAGGAGCAGAAAAGGAAAGCGCCUAGAGGCUCUUCUAGUUCAGCGAAGUAUGUGGGCAGCAUUGGCUCGUCUAAGAAUGUGGAACCGCCUAGUUCAGCACUGACUGCAAUUUCUUCAGAGGAGCAGAAAAGGAAAGUGCCUAGAGGCUCUUCUAGUUCAAAGAAGUAUAUGGGCAGCGUUGGAUCGUCUAAGAAUGUGGAACUGCCUUUUGUAGUAUUGGCUUUACCAUGUGUGAAGAAAGCAACCCGUUUUAAAAUUAAAUCAACUACACCUAAAAGUUCGUGCAAAAAAGAAAACUCUUUACAGCCCCCUCCUGGAUUUGAAGUGCAGUCAUGUCAGGCUUUUCGACCCAAUAAUCCCGCGAUAGUGUCCCCAGGAGCUUCGGGUAAAUCUAAGGAGAAGCAGCCAUCACAUAUGGGACACAAGGAUGUCAUACUACUGAGUGAUGAUGAAGAAGACGGACCACCCUGUAAAAAGACGUGUGUCGUAAGGGGGACUGUUCAAAAGGAUACAAUAGGUACCCAGAAGCCAAUUUUUUCCGAUAGUAUGACAAAGUUAGAUAGUUGCAUUGAUAAACCAGCCUCCGCAGCCACUGUUACUCUUCCUUCUGAUGUAUGCAUUCCUAGUUCAACGCGUGUUAAAGUUGAGGAGCUUACUGAGUCUGAAAGUUCUAUAGGAAGCAACCCUCCGACCAGUUCUUGCGUUAACACUUCACUGAUGGAUACCGAUUCCAUCAAAAAUGUGGGGAGGAACAAAGAGACGAAUGAUUCUGAUGAGGCAAACCAUAAUCCCCAACUAAUUGAUGAUGAGAAAGUGAGAGAGUUGAGAUCUGUAGAUAACAUGCUUACUGUAUCAAACCCAUCGAGCCAUCAACAUAACAUGGAUGGGCUCUCUCGCCAGAAGCGCCCUCGUAUUGCAAAAGUUAUCAGGAGAGUCAGUUGCAAUGUCGAGCCUUUGGACUUUGGAGCUGCGCAUGGUGGAAAGUUGUGGUGUGAUAGUAAUUCGAUUUACCCAAAAGGAUUUAGGAGUCGAGUGAGGUACAUAGAUGUUACUGAUCCGACCAAUAUGUGCUAUUACGUCUCUGAAAUCCUAGAUGCUGGGAAGGAUCGACCUUUAUUUAUGGUGUCGUUGGAGACCGAUCCUAGUGAAGUAUUUGUCCAUGUCUCAGCUGGUAAAUGCUGGGAACUGGUUCGGGAGCGAGUAAAUCAUGCGAUUGCCCAGCAACAUAAGCUCGGAAAGGGGAAGCUUCCACUUCUGCAGCCUCCUGGGAGUGUCGAUGGCAUGCAAAUGUUUGGCUUUUCGUCGCCAGCAAUCAUGCAGGCCAUCCAGGCUACGGACUGCGAUCGAGUUUGCCAAGAAUACUGGCAAUCGCAAUCACGGAUGCAGAUUCCUUAACAGCACAGAGACCAAUAGACAGCCUCAUGGGCGCGCCCUCGGCCCACGGGGCCGUUGAGAGAACACUCGACGGGCCCCUACAGAAAGCAAAAGCCGAGGAGCUUCGUGCCCUCAACAGUUGCUUGCACAGUUGCAACUUGACUGAACUUAGCAGGAUUCUUAGUGAAAAAUAUUAAAAAGUACACAAGAUAGAAGAAGAAGAAGAAGAAGAAGAAGAAGAAGAAAAACUUUCCAGCCAUAUAUUUUUGUAAAUGUGGUGCUGCAUUUUUUGGUUACUUAUAUUAUGAGUAGUACUACAUUCUUUUUUGACAUUGGAAAGUUUUGAACAUGUUAUAAUUAAAUAGUUUCUCAAAGUUAUAUGCAAAAUAAUGUGUUAGUUGUGGCUACAA